UUUCAAACCCCACAAUUUGGUUUCUCCGUGUUUGUUCCUGUAUGGUUGGUGUUAUGGUGCUCCACAACUGGUCCUGUAUGGCCUCCCAGCUGACCAGUAUACACAAACUUUUCCCGGGAGAACUUGCUAUUACUCUAAAAUGACAUCAUCUGCCUUAAAGAUUCAAACCCUGAGAAGUCUUAUCCGAGAGCUGCGUAGGUCUCUUCCAGAACAUGAGACGUUGAAACACUCCCCAGCCUUUUCCUAUAUAAUUGACCAGUAUCGUCGUAAUGCUCUCACUGAUCAGCAGUACUGCCGUGAGCAGGAAGAGAUGGCCCAUCUUGCACAGACUUAUGCUACAUACUUGGAAUCCAGCAGAAAAUAUAUGGAACUGUACAGUGAAUAUUACAGUCAUGGUGAAAAAACAGUGAAGGAAACUGCUGAUAUGGUUGGCUUUAAACUUCCCAAUGACCCAUAUAAAGACGUAUGAAUUAUGUGGCAUUAUUUCAAAAUAGAACAAGAAUUUUAUGCAUGUAAAUAUAUGCAAGUUGUUACAGAAACUGUUUAUGAAUUUUGCUAAAUUAAAUUGCACAUUAUGUGGAUUUCACAGUAAAUAUAUUACAGUAACAAGAUGAUAGCCACAAAAAUUCUCAUUUGUAAUUUAUACAAUAUAGAUAUAAAAUUGAUUUGCAAUGACAUUCAUUAAAACAAAAAAUACUGUUUAUAAAAACCAUUUGCUUAAAUAUUUUUAUUUCAAUACUGUUCUACUCGAUGGCGCAUAUAAUGUUUAAAACUAAGUGGAGUGAAAAUCAGUACUGUAUUAAUUAUACAAUACAGUAAUGUAUUUUAUGCCUAUAAUAUAUAAAUACUGUUUAGAUAUCCCCAAAUCUCAUUACCUGCAAUGGUUACGUAAGUACUGUACUGUAUUUUUGCAAUUUAAUAGUGUGUAACCAAGAUGCAUUCAUCAGUACUUUACUGUACUGUACUGUAAAUUAUUUGUAUAUAUUAAUGAGAUUUGGUGAUGGGUUGCAUCCAUAUUUUAUAUUAUGGAUUACAAUUUAAUCCACCAUUAAAAAUUUGUCUCAAUGAAGACCUAAAUCAUGAUUAUGACAAGUCAUCCUUUUAUGUAAUUAAUUCAGAAGGAGCAGUUUCUUGAUAUAAAUAAAUGUUAAGAAUUUAGUUGUACUGUAAUAAAAUUGCAGUACAGUAAUUCA